UGGACACCGCAGCACAAACCCCCAGCCCUCCUCGCCGCCGUAAAACCCUAGAUACCAUGGCCUCCGCCGCGGAGGCCCUCCUCUUCCUCCUCCCCCUCCCCCUCCCCCUCCCUCGCCGGCUCCGCCUCUCCCCCUCCGCUCCCGCCGCGGUGGUGGCGCUGCUCGCCGUCGCCGCGCUCCUCACCGCCGCCACCCAUGCCGCAUCCGCCGCCGACUCGCGCCCCGCCGACGCCUUGCGGUCGGAGGUCGAAGAGCUCAGGCUCAGGGUCCUGCAUUUGGAAUCUUUGUUGGAGGAAAACACACAAACUUUGAAGAGUAAAGCUAGCAAUUUGGAAAAGAACAACAAUCUUAUAGGAGAUAUGGAACAUGAUAUUGAGAUUUUAAUGAAUAGAUAUGAGAGCACCAAGAAAUCUCAAAGCAAAUCAUUCCCAGAAAGCAAUGUGAAAGCUUUGCAAGACGAGGUGCAACUCCUCCAGAAAGUGGUCAGAAAGGUGAAUGAAAACGCCGACUCAAUAGAGUCCCUAGCAAAUGGUGCAGAGAAAAGGGUUGAAUCUCUGACUUUGGAAGUCAAAAAGAUGGAGGGUAUAAUUGCAGAGCAAUGGAUCCAAAUUCGGCAACUUGAACAGGCAUUUGUGCUGACAAAGAUGAUGGCAUCAAAAGUUCAUCAAAGGAGUAGGUUAUCUGACAGUGCUUAUAAAUGGCCAGGAAAAGACUUAGUCCUUGAGUAUGUCAGGAAUCUUCAUGGUACUUUACUUAUGGGGGUGUCAUACACAAGGUCCUGCAUUUCUCAUACAUAUAAACAUUGCAGGAGUUUUGUACAAGCAAUGAACAGACCCUACAAUGAGGUAUCACGGUUCUACAAGGCAAUAUGUAGCCAGUAUAUUCGUGAUGCUGAUAAUCCUAAUGUCUUCUUCUUGGGUGGAUCCAUCUCUCCGUCAUGUAUUUCUCUACCUUAUAACCAUUUCAAGAUGUCCAUGAUAUCAGCGCAAAAAUUCCAUCAUAAGGUCCAGAUUUUUCUCCAGGAUGCAAUGAGAUCCAAUAGUUACAGUAGAGGUUUUGCAACUGAGCUAAUUACAUUCUGCUUGGCGUAUUUUGUUAUUAUCUCUCCAAUGUGGAUUCUGUGGUUCCUCUAUUCGACACGAUUUGUCCCAAAGAAAUGACAAGUUGUCGUAAAACAAGAGUUUCAUAUACUGUUUUCAUGUUUUUCCUUUUGAUAAGUAUAGAAAAACUUACAUGAGAUGAUGGAAAAUGCAAUGUUUAUAUAUAUUGUAAUUUGUUAUAUCAAACACAUCAUAUCUCAUUCCCUUAUGGAACCUACCCUUUCAGGGGUGGUGUACAACUACAACCUCUA